GGUACAUAUAUAAACGACGCAGCGGCAGGAAGCUUUUGAAUAACGCAGCAGCACCAAGCUCAAGUGCCAAACUUCACUGCUAAACUCCUGCUCCUGCUCCGCUAGCCUCGUACUUUCUUUGCCCUCCUCCACACGAAAAAAACUUUCUGGGUCGGAUUAUUCGUAAAUUUCUCUUGUCCUCCUGAACACUGAGCCCUUGAGGCAAAUUGAAGUUUGCUGUUGACAAGACGAUUAGGAGAAAUAAUUAUUUGACGUUGGUACAUACCUGUUCCUAUGUCAAUGGCAAGAACUCUAAGGAAGCUAGUAUUAGGUGUCAUUCUGGAUUUGGACGGUACACUUCUAAACACAGAUGGAAUUGUAAAUGAUAUCUUAAAAGUUCACCUGGUUAAGUACGGGAAGCAAUGGGAUGCGAGAAAUGCUCAUAGGAUAGCAGGAAAGACACCUCUGGAGGCUGCUGCUGCAGUUGUAGAAGAUUAUGAGCUUCCAAUGUCACCUGAUGUAUUUCUUGCUGAAAUUAAUCCAACAUUCUCUGAGCAGUGGUGCAAUAUUAAAGCUCAACCCGGUGCAAACCGGUUAAUCAAUCAUUUAAGGGGUCAUGGUGUGCCAAUGGCAUUGGCCUCAAAUUCACCACUGGAAAAUGUAGAAACUAAAAUUUUUUAUCAUCAAGGCUGGAAGGAAUCCUUCUCUGCCAUUAUAGGAGGUGAUGAAGUUACAAAUGGAAAGCCAUCUCCUGAUAUAUUUCUUGAAGCAGCUAGGAGGCUCAACAUAGAUCCAUCCAGCUGCCUCGUUAUUGAAGAUUCUCUACCAGGCAUUACAGCUGGUAAGGCUGCUGGAAUGAAUGUGGUUGCUGUACCAUCAAUCCCAAAACACUCCCAUCUCUACACUUCGGCAGAUGAGGUGAUUAAUUCUCUUUUAGAUCUGCAGCUGGAAAAGUGGAGCCUACCUGCAUUCCAAGAUUGGGUAGAAGGGACUUUACCAAUUAACCCUUGGCAUAUUGGAGGCCCUGUCAUUAAGGGAUUUGGGCGUGGAUCAAAGGUGUUGGGAAUUCCUACAGCAAAUAUAUCCACAGAGGGCUAUCUGGAUCUCCUUUCGGAACAUCCCUCUGGUGUAUACCAUGGGUGGGCGGGAUUACCAACUCGAGGUGUUUUCAAGAUGGUCAUGAGCAUUGGUUGGAAUCCAUAUUUUAACAAUGCUGAGAAAACUAUAGAACCAUGGUUGCUGCAUGACUUCUCUGAGGAUUUCUAUGGUGAGGAAUUGCAUUUAGUAAUUGUUGGAUAUAUUCGGCCUGAGGCCAAUUUUCCAUCUCUUGAGAGCUUGGUGGCAAAAAUUUACGAGGACAGAGAAAUUGCGGAGAGAGCUCUUGAUCUUCCCCAGUAUUCAAAGUACAAGGAUGAUCCUUACUUGACGAGCCUUUCUCCUAGCAACAACUAAUGAUUCAAUUACUUGUGCCGAUAAUUAUACAAUAGCAUUAUGAUUUCAUAUGACAACAUUGGCUGGGCAGGUCACUCUUGAGGGAUGACUGCAUUUUUUGACUCACUCAAUGUUGCAACAUGGGCAUGUAUAAUCGAGGAGGAUUUCUGUUUUAGGGAUUAUAUCUCUUGAGAAACAAGCAAAACAAUUUCUCCCCCAUUGCUUCAUUUAUGUUUGCAAUCUAGGGAGAGUUAUUCGUUAAUGAGCUCUCCCAUUAGAAUAA